CACACAAACCGACCCGGGAUCGGUUUUCUUCGCCAAAAGCCGGGGCGUUGUUCUCCAGGCUCAGCCCUCCUUACUUCCCUAAAAGCCGGCCAACCUGUUGCGGCGGCCGGGAGCAGCAGAGGACUCCGGGCUGGGUGUUGGUUCGCGGCUGUCUUCCCGCUCUGUCUGUCCGUCUCUCACAGCUUUUCUGCGGGUUUUUUUCCCUCCUGGUUUCACGUCGACGAGGUAAACAGCCUCAAGAUUCAGGAUGUCAAAGAUCAGUGCUUUGGUGUUAAUGACACUCGUGUCACUGGUGUUUGCAGAAGAACAGAAUGUGGAGGAGGAUCCUUUCACCUUUGACUACUACAGACUGCGCGUCGGAGGCCUGAUCAUCGCUGGUGUUCUCUGUCUUAUCGGCAUCACCAUCCUGCUCAGUGGCCACUGCAGGUGCAAGUUCAACCAGAAUAAGAGGAGGAGGACAGGAAGCAAUGCUCAGCAGAUGCUCAAUGAAGCUCGUUCCUGCGACUGUUAGACGUCAGCCACGCCGCCUGCAGCCAGCAGAUAACACAGAGGAGCAGCACCAGGAUCUGUGGCACCCCGUCCCCAAAGGAAAACAAAAAAACAAGAUGCUUUGGUUUAUUUAGAGAGGUCAGCAGGGAGUCGUCGGCGUGCACCUGACGUGAGGUGUGAAGCUUGCUGUCCCAUAUCUGAGCUACUGAUCUGCAAGGCUUCAUGUCCCGAACACACAAUCAGCUUAGGGCAAAGAUGGAAAGUCGAGAUUGAUGGUGAUGCUCAACUUUUUGGAGCUUGAAUUUAAAUGUUUGCUCGCUCACUGUUACCAAAAACAAAAGAAAGAACUCUCCAUACUGUCGGUCACGCCUCAUCCCUCUGUUACCUGUACUGUACGCGUUAGUGAACAUGUAGAGUUUAGUGUCCAGCCGUGACCCGCUUUAACUCACCGCCAUGAUGAUACACAACCAGAGUGAGGAGGAGUUGGAGUGGAGCUGCUUAAUCCAGAUGAAUCUGUGUCAUUUCUGUGUCUAGCUUUAUGGAGGAACGUAGUGAAUUGCACUGUUCAGAGUCAUGUUUCUAUAAAAUAACUGUUGAAACAAU